UGCUGCACACGUUGGCGGGGGUGGGUGCGGGUGGAAUUGGCCUCCGCACCGCGAAAGACCCAUUACGGAAGUAGUUAUUGGUCGUCUCCAUGCGCCGGUUCCUGGGCACCGUAGAGCCAAGGCGCGAGGCUCAGAGGCGAAGGUAGAGCUAGAGGGCAAGCUCGGCGCUCUCCGCCCGGGACGCGAGCCGCUGUGCCGGCUGGGCUGGCCGCGGCGCCAUCAUGCUACUCCUGCCGAGCGCUGCGGACGGCCAGGGCACCGCCAUCACCCACGCUCUGACCUCUGCCUCAACACUCUGUCAAGUUGAACCUGUGGGAAGAUGGUUUGAAGCUUUUGUUAAGAGGAGAAACAGAAAUGCUUCUGCCUCUUUUCAGGAGCUGGAGGAUAAAAAAGAGUUAUCAGAGGAAUCUGAAGAUGAAGAAUUGCAGUUGGAAGAGUUUCCCAUGCUGAAAACACUUGAUCCCAAAGACUGGAAGAACCAAGAUCAUUAUGCAGUACUUGGGCUUGGUCAUGUAAGAUACAAAGCUACACAGAGACAGAUCAAAGCAGCUCAUAAAGCAAUGGUUUUAAAACAUCACCCAGACAAACGGAAAGCAGCUGGUGAGCCAAUAAAAGAAGGAGAUAAUGACUAUUUCACUUGCAUAACAAAAGCUUAUGAAAUGUUAUCGGAUCCUGUGAAAAGACGAGCAUUUAACAGUGUAGAUCCUACUUUUGAUAACUCAGUUCCUUCGAAAAGUGAAGCAAAGGACAAUUUCUUUGAAGUGUUUUCACCGGUGUUUGAAAGAAAUUCCAGAUGGUCGAAUAAGAAAAAUGUCCCUAAACUUGGUGAUAUGAAUUCAUCAUUUGAAGAUGUAGAUGUAUUUUAUUCCUUCUGGUAUAAUUUUGAUUCUUGGAGAGAAUUUUCUUAUUUAGAUGAAGAAGAAAAAGAAAAAGCAGAAUGUCGUGAUGAGAGGAGAUGGAUUGAAAAACAGAACAGAGCAACAAGAGCACAGAGAAAAAAAGAAGAAAUGAACAGAAUAAGAACUUUAGUUGACAAUGCAUAUAGCUGUGAUCCAAGGAUAAAAAAAUUUAAGGAAGAAGAAAAAGCCAAGAAAGAAGCAGAAAAGAAAGCAAAAGCAGAAGCAAAACGGAAGGAACAAGAAGCUAAAGAAAAACAAAGACAAGCUGAAUUAGAAGCUGCUCGGUUAGCAAAGGAAAAAGAAGAGGAGGAAGUUAGACAACAGGCGUUAUUGGCAAAGAAGGAAAAAGAUAUUCAGAAAAAAGCCAUUAAAAAAGAAAGACAAAAACUUCGAAACUCCUGCAAGACUUGGAAUCACUUUUCUGACAAUGAGGCGGAACGGGUUAAAAUGAUGGAAGAAGUGGAAAAACUUUGUGAUCGGCUUGAACUAGCAAGCUUACAGUGCUUGAAUGAAACGCUCACAUCAUCUACAAAAGAAGUAGGAAAAGCUGCUCUGGAAAAACAGAUAGAAGAAAUAAAUGAACAAAUUAGAAAAGAGAAAGAGGAAGCUGAGGCACGUAUGCGACAAGCAUCUAAGAAUGCAGAGAAAUCAACUGGUGGAGGUGGAAACGGCAGUAAAAAUUGGUCAGAAGAUGAUCUGCAAUUACUAAUUAAAGCUGUGAACCUCUUCCCUGCUGGAACAAAUUCAAGAUGGGAAGUUAUUGCUAAUUACAUGAACAUACAUUCUUCUUCUGGAGUUAAGAGAACUGCCAAAGAUGUUAUUGGCAAAGCCAAGAGUCUUCAAAAACUUGACCCUCAUCAAAAAGAUGACAUAAACAAAAAGGCUUUUGAUAAAUUUAAAAAAGAACACGGAGUGGUACCUCAAGCAGACAAUGCAACACCUUCAGAACGAUUUGAAGGUCCAUGCACAGAUUUCACCCCUUGGACAACAGAAGAACAGAAGCUUUUGGAACAAGCCUUGAAAACAUACCCAGUAAAUACACCGGAAAGAUGGGAAAAAAUAGCAGAAGCAGUGCCUGGCAGGACAAAGAAGGACUGCAUGAAGCGCUAUAAGGAACUUGUGGAGAUGGUAAAAGCAAAGAAAGCUGCUCAAGAGCAAGUGCUAAAUGCAAGUAGAGCCAAGAAAUGACUUAUGACAAUCUUUGUUGUGUGUGCAUUUUUAUAAUAAAACUGAAAAUACUGUACAAUUUUCAUUCUUAAAAUUAUACUUAUGGUGGUAAUUUGAAAGUGUGCUAUUCACUGUGGUAUAGUCUUAAUCCUUUGAAAGUUUGACAGUACUUGAUUCAAAUUAAUUUUUAAAGUCUCUGUUAUAUGUUCAAAAUAUUUUAAUUAGGAUCAUUUUUAAUCACGAAGCCAGCGCAUGUUACUGCAAAUCUGGUUAAAAUCUGGUAGCCGUUCAAUGGGACCUAAGGAUUUAAGAGGAAGAAAAGUUAAAAUGGAAUUUAAAGUACUUAGCCAACUUACUGCAUAACAGAAAAAGAGCCAAGCUUACCAACAGCAGCAAUAGCUGGACUCUUAUCAUAAAUAUAUUUGGUACACACUUCUUGAAUUGUCUCAGCAUUUACAGCCUGAAAUGGAGAGGAAACUAGCAAAUAGAGUUUUGUUGUAAAGGCUAAUUCUAUAACUGCAACUUUUUUUUAGAGCUAAAGCAGGAUUUACUACCUGUAUUUUCUGCUUUUGUUUUAAGGACCAUUUUACACAGGAUCUAACAAAUUUAAGUACUACUUACAUCAAUUCUUGCUUCAAGCUCAGGGAUGGGAAUUCUUCUAUUAUAACAUAACAUUUGCCUACCAAUAUCUUCACAUAUUGGAGUUGAACCUAUGUAAAGAGAAGGAAAAAUUAAGUAUCAGAAUAUAAAUCAAAUACAGUUGACACUUGAACAUGAGUUUGAACAGCACUGGUCCACUUGUGGAUUUCUUUCUAUCCGCAGGUUCCACAUUCUGAGUUUCAACCAACUGGAUAUCAAUUGAAUCCUCAAAUGCGGAACCUGCAGGUACAGAGUGCUGCUUUAAGGGACUUGAGUACUCUUAAAUUUUGGUGGUGAAGGGGAGCAGUCCUGAAACCAACCUUCCCCACCCCCAUGCUAAGGAACAACAGUGGUUUUUAUGGAGUCCUAAGUUGCACAAGGAUUUUCUACUGCACAGUAUUGUUAACUCCAGUAUUGUUCAAGGGUUAACUAUAUAUGACAAUAGAACUAUUUAUUCUUACCAUCAAGUUGCAACAACAUGUUUGUUUUCAGAAGAUUUUUGGCUCGUGCAACUUCACUUUCAGUGACACUUGUACAAAGUCGCAUCCUAAAAAGCCAUUUGGAAAGAUGAAAAAGUCAGGUGUUUAUCAGUUAUGACACGAUAUAUAUUAUGCCACAACAUACACAUGAGUAUGGUUUUCGCUUAGUAAAAAGCUGGAAUUACUAAUGAUUUCAAGAACUAAACACAACUAACAUAUUACUGAUUACUUUCCUGGUGCUGUCAAUUUUUCAAAAAUGAAGUAAUUAGAAACAGAGGUUCAAUAUAAACAUAAGGUGACCAUGUUUUGUGAAAUGGUCAUUUUGAGACUUCAUAAAUGCCUGUCUGUGGGGACAGGUCCGUGGGUCAUAGUGAGCUUUUCAAAAGAAUCCAGUUGAUUCUAACUUAAACCUAAUUAAAUUAUAUCCCCCUGUGAACUGAUUUAGAAGACACUAUUUAAGAAUGGUGGUGGUAUGGAACUAGACAGAGCUUAAUAGUGUUUUAAGAAGCUGUGUGCCUUUCUGCCUUAAAAUACUAGUUGAUUAGAACAUAUUUUUCUUUAACAAUGGCAACAUCACAUUUUUCGUUAACACUGUUCUUUCCAAGCCAGACAGCUGAGAUUUUUUUCUAAGCUUCUAGUUGACAUUUAAAUAUUUUAAACUUUAGGAUCUUUCGAGGUAAUCCACUUAAAGUAUAUGAUCUUUAAAAAUGUCAACCACUGCUACUACUUAGUCUAGUUCUCAACUAAAUGCUAAUACCAUCAGUGUAAAGAGGAAACUAGUCUGAAAUAUGAAUUGUAUACAAGAUUUAAGAUAUUUUCUUACCAUUCUUUUUGAACAAUAUGUACCAUGUCUGCAAUAGUGGCUGGUUCACAAACCAUAUAGAUCCCCCAUAAUCCUGUAUCAGUGUAGGAAGUAUUAAAAGACUGGAAGCUGUGGCAGAGGUUGCCAUGACAGGUGAACUGAGCCAGCUUGCUAGAUAAACUCUGUAAGAAAAAAGACUGUCUUAGAGAAAUGUAGGCAUGCAUGCUCAAUUAUCAGUAAGCAAAAUGAGACAACUGGCAAAAAGUUAAUGUCCUGAGUUUUCUCCAGUCACAUCUCAAUAUUAAGUGAAAUUCUUAGACUCAAUGAAU